AUGGCGCUGGUUACCGUCUUCCAUUCGACCAUCUUGGACUUUAAGAUUCUCCUAGUGUUGGAGGGGGUGAGCACUAAACAGAGAGACGCACGGAAGGAUGUGGGUGGUGCUGAUGUGAGGGAUGAUUGUUGCAGGUCGGACCCAACAGAGAACGACAGCGUGGAGGGGCUGCGACCGAACGCGCGGGGCCCAGGGCUGGUGACGUUUGGGCCGGAUCGGGUGCUGGAGUUUUGUAAGAACAACGAUCUUCAGCUGAUCGUGCGUGCACACGAGUGCGUGAUGGACGGGUUCGAGCGGUUCGCGCAAGGGCACCUGAUAACUUUGUUCUCGGCCACAAAUUACUGUGGGACUGCGAACAAUGCGGGGGCAAUCCUGGUGUUAGGAAGGGACUUGGUGGUGGUGCCGAAGCUGAUACAUCCCAUCCCUCCUGCCAUCACGUCUCCUGAAUCGUCACCAGAGCGGCAUGUGGAUGACACGUGGAUGCAGGAGUUGAAUGUGCAAAGGCCGCCGACACCCACUCGAGGGCGGCCACAAGGGGGAAAUGAUCGGGGUUCUUUGGCGUGGAUUUGAUAGUCGGCUUAGGUGUGGGUAGAAUGGUUAGGUGAGGCCAGUGGACGGCAGGAGUGAUGUUGAUGAGUUUGCGGGUUUGUAAAGUACGGCACUGGUUUUAGGAAUAAGAAGAGUCGCUCCCUGUUGGUAUUCUGGGGUUGCGUUGUGACGCACAAGCACAGGAGGUGGUAAGCAUGGUUGUUACGGGGGAGUGGAGGUGUGAGAGUUGCGAGGGCCGGAUGUGAAGCGUGCGGCAUGCGUGGGUGGAGCGAAAGAAGGGAUGGGGUUAGGAGGGAAAAUUUUGAUAGGUAAGGUGGAAAAUGUAGGUGCAUGGAAUAUUGGAAGGGCUUGAGCGAAGCGCAGGCUCAAAAUGGCGGGGAUGGUCCACGAAGUGGUCGGCAUGGAGCAGUGUUGGUUUGGAUAUUUGUUGAGGCUGAAAACUUGGGGGUUGGUGUGCUCUUGUGGGUUGGGGUGUAUCACAGCGAGUAGAUAGGAUUGAAUAUUGUUAGGUAGUUCUAGUUGAUCUAACUCUGUAAAGAAUGGACCAUAGGACUUCUGAAAUAUUUAGCUGUAAUUUUCGUUGUGGAGGGUUUGUAUUAUGUGGGAUGUUUUAUGCAAUUUUUCGCAGUGCUGGAUUGACUUCUUGUGCA